AUGGCUGCGCCGGCAACCUCCACACCUCGAGGCACAGCCCCGACCUCGUCCGUGUCUGCGCCCGCGUCCUCGUCUCCCAUCACCGCGUCCGUGAUCAAGUUCCGCUGUCUUUACACACAUGAUCUGCGUCGAAAGUCUAAACGCUGGCAAGAUGGCUAUCUCAGAUACCACGCGUUCAACAAACGCGUCAUGGUCUACGAUGAAACUGGGAACUACAUUGGCGAUCAUCACUGGCGGUCCAACGAUGAGGUACAGGACGGUGACGAGAUGGAGCUGGAUAAGGGGGCGUUGAUUCAAGUUGGCGAGCGUAUGGGAACGACUCAGACGGAUCUUUCCAAUUUGUUUGAGAAGCGGAAGUCCAGUCAGAGUUCCCCGCAGGCAAAUGAUCACACAUCCCAGACAGUAUCCCAGACACCGCGGGCCUCGGUGCCUAUUCGGUCCUCAGGCUCAUCACAGCCAUUCCGCUCGCUGAACGAACUGUUGGGGAUUAAGAAGACACCAGUUGGACAUUUGGUAUCACCGUACGAGGAACGACAUCCCCCGAAGCCUGCUUCAAAUAUCCCCAAAUCGUCCGAACGGCCAACGAAACGGCAGAAGGUUUCCUCGCAAGGGGUUUCUUCGAUAGAGAAGGCGCCUGUCAAUAAACGGAACACCCAGUCACAGGUGGUAGAUUUGACUGAACAAGAAGAUGAGCCUUUGGUCACUAGAGCGCCGAGCGUUGCCCAAGGGCAGAAACCACGACGUGAAAAGCACCGGGAAACAGCGCCGCCCAAGAAAGACCUGGGACAAAAGGACCAACCAUCAUCAGUGAUUCGAUCCCAGAAUGUGCCCGGACCACCAAAUGCAACAGGUUCUGACACCCCGACGUAUGCUAAACCUGUUGUUCCAAUACCGAACUCAUCAAAAAGCAAUCCCCCAAUGCCCGUGCCGCCAGCUGCACCUAGUACCCUGCUAAAUGAACAGCUGGAAGCCCGGAGAACCGCGACUAUCGCGGCCAAACCAAAAUCGCGCCAAGCCCCACGAGAAACACCACUAGAAGCGGCCCAGCCUCGGCAGGACCUUGGACAGAAAUCGCCGACUCUGCUCGUGGAAACACGGCGAAAGGCUCCAGAACCAACGAACGUAACACUGCCUGAUCCCCCGAAAUUUUUUAGACCAGCAUUGCCAUCCUCGUCGGAAUCAUAUAAAAGCCGACCUCCACGGGCAAAUCCGCCUGGAGCACCCAAAGAUGGGUGGAGUGAACAAUCCGAAGCUCGCAAACCUGCGAGUGACACUGUUCCAUCGAAGGAUAGGCCAACGACAGACUAUUUCAGGGCCCGGCCUAAUACUUUGCGUAUGGCAACUGAAAAACCACGUCGAAAAUUGAUGUACAGCGCUCUUCUACCUGGCGAUGCAUCGCAGAAAUCAGGGCCAGAGCUGUCUUCAUCCUCGCCUGCGAGUCGCAGUCAACCCAUAACCAAACCCGAGGACAUCCAAACAGCUUUGGAUCCACUUCAGGGGAUUGAGUCUACGAACGCAGAGUUUAUGCCUUCCGACUCUACCCAAUUCAUCCUGGAGGAGGUGGUAGACGUGUCGAACCCGGAAACUGGUCCGGCUCGAAAUUCAACCAACUCGACGAGUGAUCAACAUUCUUCUUCGCUACGAAAAGCACCGGCGAAGAGAGCUCUUGACGCCCCAUUCCGAAAAUCAAUCUCAGACCCCACUGCCCUGAGAACCGUUCAGAAGCGACCGACACCGACCCGGAGCGCAUUGAGUGCAGUCCCCGAGCAACCUCUGCCUAUUGAAGAAGGCCCUUGGACAUCCGAGGCAUUGGAUUUGUUUGACUUCUGGCCACCUGGACGGCCAAAACCCGCCUCUGGGGAUUAAGGCCGGAUUGACCCUUUUACGUCUUGACUUAUGUUAGAUUAUACCCCAUUACGUGAAGAGAAGAUGCUCUUCGAUGUACAUUGUGAUGCCACGACUUUGAAGUCCCCAUGGAAGCGAUGAUACCC